CGCUCGGUGGGCGUGGCCUCCGCGAGCGCGCCAAAACCUCCUUGCCCCUCUUCCUGGCGCCACAAUGGGAGGCGGGCCUCUGGCCGGCCUCCCGCCCAAUGAGCGCCGCGCUCGGGGCGCAGGCUCGGGCUCUGAUUGGCCGGCAGGCGUUGUGGCGCCAAGUUCGAAGGGGUAUAUAAAGGGGGCGGCGGAGCCCCUCGCCCCCCAGUCGCUCUCCGCGCUGCCGCCAUGCUGCACGCCCGCGCCCCGCUCGCCGCCCGCCAGGAGCAGCCCCGGCUGCCGGCCCUGAAGGGCCUGGCGCUGGGCGACAAGGAGAACACGCCCCCGGCCGCCAGCAGCAGCCGCGUCCUGGCCAGCAAGGCGGCCCGCAACAUCUUCCAGGAGCCGGGCCCCCGGAGCGCCGAGCAGGACGAGCCGCUGCUGCGGGAGAACCCCCGCCGCUUCGUCGUGUUCCCCAUCCAGUACCACGACAUCUGGCAGAUGUACAAGAAGGCCGAGGCGUCCUUCUGGACGGCGGAGGAGGUCGACCUCUCAAAGGACAUCCAGCACUGGGAGUCGCUGAAGCCCGAGGAGAAAUACUUCAUCUCGCACGUCCUCGCCUUCUUUGCUGCCAGUGACGGCAUUGUCAACGAGAACCUGGUGGAGCGGUUCAGUCAAGAAGUACAAAUCACAGAAGCUCGUUGUUUCUAUGGCUUCCAGAUCGCCAUGGAAAACAUACAUUCAGAAAUGUAUAGCCUUCUGAUUGACACGUACAUCAAGGACUCUAAGGAGAGGGAAUUCCUUUUCAAUGCUAUUGAAACGUUACCAUGUGUUAAAAAGAAGGCUGACUGGGCCAUGCGCUGGAUUGGGGACAAGAAAGCGACAUAUGGAGAACGUGUAGUAGCUUUUGCAGCUGUGGAAGGCAUCUUCUUUUCUGGCUCUUUUGCUUCAAUUUUUUGGCUGAAGAAAAGAGGAUUAAUGCCGGGACUCACUUUUUCUAACGAACUCAUCAGUCGAGAUGAGGGUCUGCACUGUGAUUUUGCCUGCCUCAUGUUCAAGCACUUGAUACACAAACCGUCAGAGGAAAGGGUGAAAGAAAUCAUCAUGAAUGCAGUCCUCAUAGAACAGGAAUUCUUGACAGAGGCACUGCCUGUUAAGCUGAUUGGCAUGAACUGCACUUUAAUGAAACAAUACAUCGAGUUUGUAGCAGACCGGCUUAUGUUGGAACUGGGAUUUAAAAAGAUAUACAAAGCAGAGAACCCUUUUGAUUUCAUGGAAAACAUCUCUCUGGAAGGCAAGACCAACUUCUUCGAGAAGCGAGUAGGUGAAUACCAGAGGAUGGGAGUCAUGUCAAAGCCCACAGACAACUCUUUCACCCUGGAUGCAGAAUUUUAAAUGGACUGAGAUGGCAUGAGUUAGUGUGUAUGCUCUCCUCUUCACAAGGAAAGAUUAAACAAAUUGAGUCACGUUGUGACUUGAUGUUUUGUACUAAAAUCCCACUCCUGAAAGGUGUGGAGACAUGGGUACUUCUAAGGAGGCUAGUGUAACCCCAGCAGUAAAAUCCCUUUUUGUUAGACUUUGCCAAAGGUGUUAAUUCUUAGAAUGCUUAAAUGUAUCUCCUGAAACACGCGCUACUUAUCUGGUGAAACAUGGGCUCCUUCCUCCUGCCAGAUGGGGGCUUUGGGUAAUCACCACUAGCUUCUCCGCAUCUAGAAAGGACUGUUUGGGAAAUUCUGGCCUUAAACUUGUUGAAUACUCUGUAGAAAACUCCGGAGGCAGCUACAUGACCUCACUGCUUUCUUAGCAGGUUUUAAGUUUACUUUUUUAUGUUAUUUUAAUAGUUUGUACAUAAACCUGGCACUUUAACUUUCAAAAUAAAGAACUGUCUCAUAAUACUCUAAUGGUAAAAUGCAAGUCUAAAAGUUCAUGAUUUUGCAACUGAACCUUUUGUGUCUUGUGCUUCUUUCCUGGUAUAUAACAUGAAAAAAUGGUUCUGUGAAGCAAACUGGAAUGAUAUUAAAAUCUGUCAAAGAACAAAAGGGGAUGGAAGGUGAACAACUUGGUAAUAAGCUGGAUAUUCUGUGUAUUGGAGAACAAUAUGUGGCUAGAUUUUGCUGUUCUUCAGUAUCUGGGAACAUUAUUUCAUGUUAAACCCCACUGAGAGACUGAAA